UCGCUCAACCCUGGCGUUUUGGGGGAUUACUUGUUGUUUCUCCGCUACAACCUAGACUGAACUCUACAAUAUCCACCAUCCAACACACGUACACACCAUGGGUCUCUUCGGCCUCGGCAGGAAGAAAGUAUACGUCCAAGAACAUCAUCAUCACCACCAUACAACAGUACAACAACAGACUGCCGUGGUUGCUGCUCCCACUCCUCCUCCACCACAGCGACGGCCCCGAAUGCCGGCUUGCCGCAACUGUCAUUCCUCAUUGAGGACGCAGCUUGCCACUACCCAAAAGGGCGUGCAUUACGGAAGACAGUACUACGUUUGCAUUGGUUGCCCGCGAAGCCCGGAUUCCAAUGGUCGUAGCUGGAUUGUGUGGGCGGAUCAGUUGGUGUCUCAAUGACUGAGGAUGGCAAUGUCACCUUGAUUGGCACAUAGAGCCUCCGUGAGGCUGAAGGGAGCGCACUGUAUUGUCCCGUCCAUUUGAUGUCUGGUCACAUCUUGCUAGUUGGCCGAUGAAUGUUUGAUGUCCGGUCACAUCUUGCGAGUUGGUCGAUGAAUGUUUGAUGUCUGGCCACGUCUUGCUAGUUGGUCGAUGAAUGUUUGAUGUCUGGUCACAUCUUGCU